GCGAAAAACGUCAUCAAUUUAUGUGUCAUACGUCACUUCUUUUGCCUUCCUCUUACACGCGAGUGCUCAAUAUGGCUCCAAAGACGCCAGUAGCCAAGGGCAAGGCACCUGCCGGAUCGAAAGCUAAGCCUGUCAAAGCCCGACAGCCAGCUAAAGGUAAAAAGAAGACAGUUGGAGGUGAUAAAAAUGGUAAAGAUAGAAUUGUUCCCAACAGACGAAAGCCUAGAUCCUACCCAACACAAACUCGCCCAAAUCAUUUGAAAUCACGAAAGAGGGCUUUCAAAGAUCAUCCCCAUAAAUGCCGAUCCUCUAUUACCCCAGGAACAGUACUCAUUGUUUUGGCUGGCAGACACAAGGGCAAGAGAGUUAUAUUUUUGAAACAGCUGAGAUCUGGAUUAUUACUAGUUACAGGUCCAUAUACUGUUAACGGAUGUCCUCUUCGUCGUGUCAAUCAAAUUUACGUUAUAGCCACUAAAACCAAAGUAAAUUUGGACAAUCUUAAACUACCAGAAAGGUUAAAUGAUGAAUACUUCAAGAAACAGAAGACAAGAAAGGCUCCAAAGAAUGAAGGAGAUAUCUUUGAAUCAUCAAAAGAGGCAAAAACUAUUUCACCGGAGAUGAAAGAAGACCAAGUUUCUAUAGAUAAACAAGUACUAGAUGCCAUUGCCAAGCACCCAGAUCAGAAAUUAUUAACUGGUUAUUUGAAAUCGUUGUUUUGGCUGAAGAAAAAUCAGUUUCCCCACACAAUGGUUUUCUAGACAUUAGGAGGGAAAAUAAAAGUAAUAAAAAAAACUGCAAAAAA